UGGGGCCACCGUCCCACUACUCUCGCUUCUUUAAUUGAAGGCCACUGCACGGCUGUAGUAGCACAAGCACAAGUAGACAGUGUAGAGAGGAGAGGAAAGAGAGAGUGAUGGAGUCGCAAAGGUUGAUGAUGGUGCCUGUGGGGUGCAUGGAGAAGCAAAGAAAGAAUAGAAAGAGGGGUGGGAGUGAUCUCCACAGCGUGCUAUGCAUGCAGGGUGGAGACGACGAUGGCAGCUAUGCCAAGAACAGCGAAGCCCCGGCCUCCGCCAUUGCGUUGGCCGAGCCCCUUCUCGUCGAUGCCCUACUCAACGCCAUGACUGCCAUCAAAACCGGGGACAUGAGCAUAGAGAGCUCGGACACUGCAGUAGUGAGAAUAGCAGACCUGGGUUGCGCCACUGGCCUCAACACCCUUGCCACCGUCGACCUCAUUGUCCGUACCCUCCAACAGAGGCGUCGAUUUUGUUCUGGAAUGGAGUUUGAGGCCUUCUUUGCCGACCUCCCCUCCAAUGACUUCAACUCCCUCUUUCGCUUGCUGCCUCCCCUUUCCCUUUCGGACUCUGAGGAUGCUGAUGCUGAUGAAGAUGGACGGAGGUAUUACGCAGCAGGGGUUGCGGGGUCAUUUUACGGCCGCCUCUUCCCCAAGAGGAGCAUCCAUGUCGCGGUCAGCUUGAGCGCCUUGCACUGGCUCUCUCAAAUACCGAAGCGAGUAUUGCAGAAGAGUUCGGGGGCAUGGAACAAAGGAAGGGCGUGGAUCGAUGGGGCGGAGGCGGAUGUGGUGGCAGCAUAUGCUCGGCAGUCGGAGGAGGACCUGUUGGCGUUCUUGAGGUGCAGAAGGGAGGAGAUGGUGGAGGGCGGUCUGCUCUUUCUUCUGAUGGCAGGUAGAGAUGGGUCACAAGGCGCUGAGAAUCAGCUGGGAGACCCUGAGUCAAGGGCCAAGCACCCUUUCACCUCGUCAAUGGAUGAGGCAUGGCGUGAUCUGUUAAAUGAGGGAUUGAUCGACGAAGAGAUGAGAGAUACAUUCAAUAUUCCGGCGUAUAUGAGGAGCAUCGAAGAGGUGAGGAGGGCUUUCGAUGAGUGCGGAGGCUUUGAGGUGAAGAGGGCAGAGUAUGAGAGGAUCAUUGAGCAUUCAAGGGAAAAACAAGAGCAGUGGAUUAGGAGCCCAGUUUCAUAUGGCAAGGCUAAGGCAAACUUAGUGAGGGCCACUCUCAAGCCUAUUAUUGAGGCCCACAUUGGGCCAGCUCUCUCAGAGGAGUUUUUCAAUAGGUUUGAGAAGAGAGUAUCAGAGGACAUUGGGAUGCUUCACAAGACUUGUUUCUAUGGUGUCAUUGUUGUGGUUGCCAUAAAGAAGUGAGAAGUUCCCCUGCUUGAAAGAAAAAUGGAGGAGCAUAACUUGAACAUUCUUGUUGCAUUCUAUAUUUUUUUUUCUUUUUGGUUUCAUUUUCUAUCUGUUAGGGAUGGUGGAGGGGGAGAGAUGGGUGGUCAAUAGCACAUAUCUCUCUCAUGUGAUCCUACCUACCUAUUGUUAACUAAUAACACCCACCUUCAAGAAAAUAAUGAAAAGGGGUCUUGUGUUUUGAGCAUAUGCUAA